CUGCCCCACAGUCUGGCUUGAUGGGGAAAUGCCGUCGGCCCCGCACAGCCUUCACCAGCCAACAGCUGCUGGAGCUGGAGAACCAGUUCAAGCUCAACAAAUACCUGUCCAGACCCAAGCGCUUUGAGGUGGCCACAUCGUUGAUGCUCACUGAGACACAGGUGAAGAUCUGGUUCCAGAACCGCCGCAUGAAGUGGAAGCGCAGUCGCAAAGCCAAGGAGCAGGGGGCUCAGGCAGAGGUUGAGAAGCAACGAGGGCUCAGCAAAACCUGCGAGAAGUUGCUGCCGGGAGAGCCCCAGGGACAAGCAGCAGAAAGCCCUGAGUUCAUGGAGCACAGCCCUGACUCAGGCUUCCUGCACCGCAGCACCACUGAACUGGGCUAUGGCCCAGACUCCUCCUGCUCGGGGGGCGAGGAGGAGGAAGAAGAGGAGGAUGAGAUGGGUGCCACGGAGAGGAAGAUUGGCUCUGUGAUGUGA